GAAAUUCGGAUCAGUUCUUCGAUCAAAUCAGUUCAAAAAUGCUAUUGUUGGUGCGGCAUCGAAUACAGCUACCUAUAUUAUUGCAGUAAUUAAUAAUCAAUUGUUUAGGUGGAAUAAUCGCCAUUACUAUUGGGAUUCAAGGUAUUACCGUGGUAUGGGUAGUGGAUCACAUAUGUGUCGAAUGCCAAUCGAUUCAACUGAUUCACAGUUGGGAAAUGUUUAUUUCGAAGAUGGAACUAGUCGCCCGCGUGAAAUAGUUUGGAGUUGCAGUUAUUAUGAAUAUUGUUGUGGUUAUGAAUGUUGCAGUCGAGGAAGUUCGUCGUUUUGGGGAAUUGGUCUCGGGUACGUCAUCGUAUGCAUACUAUUUUUUAUACAUUUAUUAUUAUAA